AAAUCCAACACCUUCGGAAAGGUUUAUAGGGACGCAAAGAUAUUGACCAAAGAGGGCAUGUGAAAGAGAAAAGGUGUACUUGUCUUCCAGCUCCCCCAUUCAGCUAUUCAAUAAAAGCCAAUGGCCUUGCGAUGUAGCGGCAUCAUAUGUCACACGCCUGAAUAGCUUCACCGUCAUCCGAUUCGUUAGUUCAGUGUGGUUUGUUGGUCACCUUACCUCUAACCACCGACCACGGGCAGCAUGGAGACCUCUCUUGGCGUUUUACUCCUUACGGUACUUUUCACAUGGAUACCAGGGUCCAUAAGCCAGGAUGAGGCCAUAGCCUUAAAGUCGUCCCUCUUGUCCAACUAUGACAAAAGUUUGAGGCCGGUCAAGUCAGCGUCUACAGCUGUAAAUGUGGACUUCGACAUCUCACUGAAGCAGAUUAUUGAACUGGCGGAAAAAGAGCAGACAUUCCGAAUCAACAUGUGGCUGCGUCUGUACUGGGUGGAUGAGUACCUGAUGUGGAACGCCUCAGAGCACGGCGGUGUGGACUCCUUAACCAUCCAUUCCUCCGACAUUUGGAGGCCUGACAUCUUCCUCUACAACAACAUAGCCGAGACGUACGGUAUCAUAGACGCCAUCACUGACGUCACGGUGACCAGUGCAGGACGAGUGACGUACCUCCAGCCCGCCAUCUUUACCAGCUCGUGCCCAGUGGAUAUUUCAAGGUUUCCAUUCGACAAGCAGGAAUGCAUUCUGGAGUUUGGGUCUUGGGUCUACACCGGCGUCAAACUGAACAUCUCCCUGGUGAACCCCACUGCAGACCGCGGCAUCUUCACCACAAACGAGGAAUGGAUCCUGAAUGGGGUACCGAUGGAAAGAAAGGUUGCCAUCUAUACCUGUUGCCCCGAACCCUACGUCAGCAUCCUCCUUAAAAUGCAACUGGAGCGUCGGUCCUUCUUCUACAUGUUCAACAUGGUCGUGCCCUGCGCCAUCCUGAUGAUCCUGAACGUGUUCGGGUUCUACAUCCCCCCGGACAGCGGCGAGCGGAUGGGAUUCUUCAUGACCAUCCUGCUGGCUCUCGUCGUCUUCUUGCAAGUUCUGUCGGACUCUCUGCCAAAAACUUCCACAACUACUCCUCAGCUUGGCCAGUUCUUCGCCGCCACCAUCGCGCUGGUGGGCUUCUCGUGCCUGGCCUCCAUCGUGGUGAUCCGCCUGUCCUACAGCAGCCCGCCCUCCCGCCCGCUGCCCCGCUGGCUCCGCCUGCUUCUGCUGCGCUACCUGGCUCGCCUCUUCUGUAUGAACACCAUCGCGGGGGAGAAGCACGUGGUUCACCCCGCCAAAGAGGGAGCCGACGAUUUUUCUGAUCAGGAAUUCGAAGCCAUCCAACAGAAGGACGCGCCGAGUCUGUCACUGGAUCUGUCUGUGCGCGAGAUCGCACGCUACAGCCGGGAAUACUCGGCCCAAGCCCGGGAGAAGAAAGAGGAAGAAGAGGACCAGGACGAGUGGAAGAUGGCGGCCCUUGUGCUGGACAGGGCUCUGAUGUGUGCCGUUGGCCUGGCGACCAUAACCGUUUGUGUUAUCUUACUCCGUUAAGGCUUGUAGUUACACCAAUACUUGGCUGUAUAGUUUUCUAUGAUUAGGAACUGAGAAUGAGAACUGAUAAUCUUUCAACGGAAUUGUCAGAUAUGCAGUAAUCAAUGACAACGGUUGUACAAUUAACA